AUGACAGUAGAAGAAUUCUUCGCAUGUUACAAGGCCUCAGGGCAGCAAGAGACUUGGGUCACUCUACAGGCAGCGGCAGGGAAAGGGCUGGUGGCGGGGCUGCCGUCAUCGAUCAAGGGAUGGAGACCACGGUGGUUCUAUGUAUCUGCUAGUGGAGGGGUUAGAGUGCGCACCAUUUGGAAAGUGCCCACCAAGUCUGUGGAGCCAAGGCUGGGAGCAGCAAUAGAGGAGAGGGUGAAGAGGGUAAAGGAAUGGAGGGAGAAGGAAUGGGCUAGGUGGGACGAACUCGUUCAGCCGUCGGCUUUGUUUGAGGCAGGGUUGGGUCCCCAGCCAUGUGGUGGGGACCUCGACCGAAUGGAGUUGGAGGCAAGGAGGAAGGCUCAAGAGGCGGAGGAUCAGACCAUCCUUGCCAAAGCCCAAAAAUUCAAAGAGUCUCAGGCAGACCGACCGCCAAAGCUGGUAACCACCUUAGCAGGGGCUUUGCUGAGGAAGGCUGGGGCUGCAAAGCUCAGGGCAGAUGAGGCCAAGGCUCAACUUGCAAGGUUGAAAAAGGAGAGCGCAAACUGGGAGAGUGCCCACGCUGAGCUGCAAACGUCCAAGGUGGAGCUAGAGACCACAUGCCGCCAGGUUGUGUCGCUCGAGUUCCAACUAGCUGGUGAGCAGAAGAGGUUGGAUGAGCCCCAAAAAGCUUGCGUGGUGGCGGUCGAACGACAUGAAGAGGCGAUGAGCAGUAAUGAAGAGCUGAAGGAGCUGGAGGGCCAGUGUGCAAAGGCACUAGAAGAGAGUGAGAGCCUUCAGAAGGAGUUGGAGGCAGAGAGAGCCAAGGCGACUGCUGAGAGGGAGACCUUGAAGAAGGAGUUGAAGGCAGAGAAGGCCAAGGCAACUGUUGAAAGGGCAUCCCUAAAGAAGGAGUGUGAGGAAGAGAGGGCUAAGGCAGCCUCUAAAACGGUGACCCUGCAGAAGGAGCUGGACGAAGAGAGGGCGAAGGCAGUCUCUGAAAGGGUGGCUUACCCCGAUCUGUAUAUGGCAGCAGUGGAUCAAUUCAAGGGGUUUGCUGAGUUUCAGAUGGCAAUGGAUGCCGCGGUCGCCAGCAGCUUGGUAAGGGAGGAGUCUGGGGGGGCGGGCCCAUUGAGGACGACCGCUGGGGGCAGAACUAAAGCGGAAGUGAUUGAGAGCUUCCAGCAAUUAGACUUCUAUAAACAAGAAAUGGCUGAGUUCUGGGACAGUGGCUGGAGAAUGUUCAAACGUAGGGCUGAAGAACUGUUCCCAGACUUAGACCUCAGUAGUGUAACAAUUGGUGAAGAUGAUAUGGCCCAGACCUCCCUGGAUGAGGGUAUUGAAGAAGAAGACCUUGUCUCUAGUGAGGAGGAAUGA